AAGGGAAGCCGCGCCGCACUCUCUCUCGCAGUCGCAGCACAGCGGCAGUGCAGGUGUGCAGCCGCAGGGCAGAAGCUGCUGCCUGCCCCUGCUGCGUCCGUCGCGUGCAGCUGCAGCUGCAGCGUGCGGCCCCGGCCCGUCCCGUCCGCAUUGCCUGCCUUUGCCUUUCUCUGCUUCGUUUCCUCCCCAACAAGUCCCCACCCGUCCCGCACCGAGGGAAAAAAAACUUUUUUAAAAAAAAAUCACUCCCACGUCGCCUCGCCCGCUGCGACAGCGCAUACGCCACCCUCCCGUUGCGUACACCGUAUGUAUCUACGGUGACUCGGGGGGCACGCAGACGCAGUGGGGACUGGGGAGAGCGAGAGCGACCGACCGACCGAGCAAGGGUUUCGUCUCCGGCGGCUGCAGCGGAGACGGAUCUGGGAGGGAUGGGGAACCGGAUAGGCGGGAGGCGGAAGCCGGGUGUGGAGGAGCGGUUCACGCGGCCGCAGGGGCUCUACGAGCACAAGGAUAUCGACCAGAAGAAGCUGCGCAAGCUGAUCCUCGAGGCCAAGCUCGCGCCCUGCUACCCGGGCGCCGACGACGCCGCGGCCGGUGGAGGGGACCUCGACCUUGAGGAGUGUCCCAUCUGCUUCCUGUACUACCCAAGCCUCAACCGUUCAAAGUGUUGCUCAAAGGGGAUAUGUACAGAGUGUUUUCUUCAAAUGAAACCGACUCAUACUGCUCGGCCUACACAGUGCCCAUUCUGCAAAACGGCCAAUUAUGCUGUGGAGUAUCGUGGCGUCAAAACAAAGGAGGAAAGGAGCAUAGAGCAGUUUGAAGAACAGAAAGUCAUAGAAGCACAAUUGAGGAUGCGCCAAAAAGAACUCCAAGAUGAAGAGGCUAAAAUGAAAAGAAAACAGAGCAGGUGUUCUUCUAGCAGAACAGUAACCCCAACAACAGAAGUUGAGUAUCGAGAUAUUUGCAGCACAUCCUUUUCAGUGCCAUCAUAUCAAUGUACUGAACAAGGAAAUGAAUGCUGUUCAUCUGAACCUUCAUGCUCUAGCCAGGCUAACAUGCGGCCUUUCCAUUCUAGGCACAACCGUGAUGAUAAUGUUGACAUGAAUCUGGAGGAUAUGAUGGUUAUGGAAGCAAUUUGGCGUUCCAUUCAGCAGGAACAAGGGCAUCUAGUAAAUCCUGUCUGUGGCAGCUACUUUCCUGUAAUCGAGCCACCAUCACGUGAGAGGCAGGCAUUUGUUCCGGCUGCUCCUCUAGAAAUGCCUCAUCCAGGUGGAUAUUCGUGUGCAGUUGCGGCUUUGGCUGAGCACCAGGCACCAAGCAUGGAUUUCUCUUACAUGAGUGGCAGUAGCACAUACCCAGUCUUUGACAUGAUCCGACGGCCAUGCAACAUGUCCAGUGGAAGCCUGUGCGGCGCCGAGAACAGUUCACUGGACACCUGGAGCGGGAUAGCGCCAAGUUGCAGCAGGGAAGUGGUAAGAGACGAGGGAGAGUGCUCGGCCGACCACUGGUCGGAGGGCGCGGAGGCAGGAACAAGCUACGCCGGAUCGGACAUCAUGGCGGAUGCAGGGGCCAUGCAGCCGCUGCCUUUCGCCGAGAACUUCGCCAUGGGUCCAAGCCACUUCCGCCCGGAGAGCGUCGAGGAGCAGAUGAUGUUUUCCAUGGCCGUGUCACUGGCAGAAGCUCAUCACGGUAGGACGCAGGCGCAAGGGCUGGCAUGGUUGUAAGUUGUAACACUAAUUUUGACGCUUCGGUGCCCCCCUGCCCCCUUCCUGUUGCGCUGCCGUUCCACUUGCCCCGCCCCGCUUCUCUGUUUUUUAUUAUUUUUUUGGUGCCACCUUGUUUGGCAUUUUGCUCUUUUCUUUCUUUCUCUUUUUUUUUUUGCAUGUGUUGCUUCAUGGCUUGAUAUAGAUCUUGCUAUAGCCCUCCAUUGCCAUUGCUUAUAUGUAUGUAAAAUGGAAUAUGUGGAAAUAGGAAAGAAAAUGGGUCAGAGUUCUUUUGCCGGUAGAGGAUGGGGCAGUGUGUUUUUUUCGCAUCGCAGAGCAUUCUUAAUAUCUUGCAAGUUUGCAUUGUAACCAUUCUCUUCCGUUGACGUGUUCUUGGGUCCUGUAAAGAUGCUUGUCUGUAUGGGGAAAAAAAUGUUCUAGACUCGGCCGAUCGAGGCUGUUUUUCAGACA